AUGAUUGACAGGUUUAUCAUCAUUAUACUCAUCUUUCAAACGUCAUUUAUCAAUUCAAAACAGGCUCGAAAAUGUGAAGAUAUCGAUAUGAACUGUGCUGUUUGGGUGAGAAAAUACUGAAAUUAAAUUUUUCGAAAAAAUAUGAAACUAAAUUCCUAAAACUUUCGAGGUUGCAACAAAUCAAUCAGAUUGUGAAAAUGUUGAAUUGGUAUCAAGUCAUUGUCCAAGAACAUGUGGAAGCUGUGGCGAACCAAUUGAUCCUAGUGAGAAACAAUUGGGGCCUAAACCUAGAUUGAAAAUCGAAAAAAAAUUGCAGAAUAUGAUGUGAAACUUCUUCCCGCAAAACUGAAAUCAAUCGCAUGGAUGGUUGGAAAAUGGAGAUCAGAAUUUGGUGGAAAAGCAUUUUUCCCAACGAUCCCAAAAUUUACGUAUGGCGAACAAGUUGAUAUUUCAAUUGGAGAUGUGAAAAUGGGAACACCGUUGUUGAAUUACACGUAUGAUUAUGGGGAAUUUUCGAAGAAGACCAGGGUGCCUCAGAUCUGUGCGAAUUUGAACGAGGAAUUUUUAGUUUUUGAGAACUAACAAAAAAAAGACAGAUUUUAAAAUUCUGAAAAUCUCGAAGAUGAUUCAACUGUUGUUGAUUCAGAAGUUCUAAAAAUCGAGACCCCUGAUCCAACUUUUUUUUAGAGCAUUUGCCUGGGACUUGAAUAUGCCAGAAGGUGAUCCAACCGAACUUCAUUCUGAAAACGGCUAUAUUGCUGUUGACUACGAUAAAGAUCAAGAAAUUGAAUAUGUCUCUUUGAAUACAGCUAUGAGCAAUGGUACGUUUUCUAAAAUCAUUUUCAGUUAAAAAUACUUUUUUUCAGGAUUCAUGACAAUUGAGGAAGGUGAAUCUGGCCCAAAUCAAGUCAAAUUCAAACUUCAAAGAAUUGGUCGAAUAAGCUUUUCACAUGAUUCAGCAGUUCGUUUGAUGUUUCGUGAAUGGACAAUGUUGGAUGAGAAAAGAUUGGAAGCCAGAUUAUUGAUGACAACUACAGUAACUCGAAGGCUUAUGGAACAUACAGCAGUGAUUUAUAAGAAAAUGUAUCCCUAA